GUUGGUUACAAUCUUCCCGGAGAUGGGGUAAAAAAACGGAAGGCUUUUUUUUUUGAAUGUCACAAUCAGGUACAACUCUUCUCAUCAACCACUUUUUGAAUUGAUCUUAAAAAUAUCCAUGUGGAGGCUAUCCUUCAUGCGUCAGAAUAAACACGUUCUAGCUGUCGCUAUUUUGUAGAGGCCGAUCAGAAACCCAGAAUAAGUCAACUACAAGGUUACUGAUAGACGAAAAUUCUCGCGAAAGCCAAACAUUUAAUUUCAGUGUGUAUCGUCCCAAAUGUUCAUCAUAGAAACAACAACUCGUUCAUUUACUCACAGAGGCGUGAAUGAACUCGUCCAACGUGAGUGUGUUGCCCGCCAACUAACUGGAAUGAAAAUUGCGAGAGCGCUCUCGAACUGUUUUCCAUUCAGCUGCGAAAGAUAAUCUGCUCGAAAAUAUCGUGUUGAUUCUCAGCUUUCAUUCCGAUUUCCACUCACGGCGAUAAUUCCAUCGAUUGUGGAAUCGGCAGGAGCAUGGGGAAGAUUUCAUCAGAAGCCCGUUUGUGUGCAUUAGGGUUUGGAAUUAGUCAGAAAUAAAGUUAUAAAUUUGUUUGGUAGAUCGUGUACUGACAUGUAAGGGUUCGUUCAAAAAUUACGUAACGGGGAGGAAGGAAGCCUAGCGCGUAACGCACUUCAUGCAAAAUUUAAAAAAUACAAAAGUUGUUUAGUAGUUGGGGGUUUUGUGGGGCUGAAAUUGUCAAAGGUUGCUUUCCUUUCGAUUGAUUAGCAAAUGUAUCAUCAAUUAGCACUCAAGUGCAUAAAGUUUUUAAAUCUCGGAAUCGAUUAAUUGAUAAAUAUUGAUUGGAUGAAUGGUGUCUGCACAGUUAUUAAAUAAUUCAAGGAUUUACAGAAGAUGGAUUGCUUGAUUCGUAAAUGUAACUCUUUCGCUGAGUGGCACAAAAGAGCAACCAAUUUUGUCCAAUACAUUAUCUCUCUAUCUAAGAGCCGAUGCACACGAGCGUUAAUUGACGCUGCGUGAAUUAACGCUGCGUUGCCGCAGCGGUUCUGUGGGGCAUGCGUUGACAUUGCGUGCCGCACACGGUGCGGCGCGGUUGCGGUGCGGCAGCGUUGCGUUCUCGUGUGCAUCCUCCCAUUUGAUUGUGUGUAACUCAGGACGCACUUGCGUGCACGCUGCGUGGACGCGCCGCCCGUGUGCAUCGGCUCUAAAUGGUCAGGAUCAUGAUAUGUGAUGUAUUAAAUUUUAAUGUGUUGGUACAAUUUUUGAUUCCUCCCUUCUCCCUCAGAGAAGCAUGUUCUCCAACUAGGUUUAUGCAAUAUACGGUCCGACCCAUAAUCGUAGAGGGAGUGCACGCUUCCUAAAACACUGCAUCUUUUCCAGAUACUCUUCAUGCAAAGUUGCAAAAAACAUCAUCCUCUUCUUGUGCUCUUAGGGCAACUUCACUGGUGGUCCAAAUCCUUGUUUUGUUCCAAAUUUUUGGACCAAACCAAAAAUUGAGCUUGCACCGGUGUUGUAAAUUUUGUUUUAAAAAUGUUUUAUACCAUUUUUCUGAUCUAUUUUUUUGGAACUGACAUAAAUUUUGUUUCAAUUUUGUCUCGAUUUGGAACAAAUUCUUGCCUGUUCCAAAUCCUUUUUGACAGCUCAGUUUGUUUUCAGAUUGUUUGUUUGUCACCAGUUCGCAGCUGUUCGCGAAAAAAAAAAACAACGAAUUUUCCAACGAAUUCCGGAAUCCUGAAGUGCCCGCGGAGGAUCCCGCCGCAUACAGUCAUAGAUUUUUGAAGGUACACAUCGCCGGACCCAUCUGGAGCGAGUAUUUGCGGAUUGAAAUUUGUGGCAGAUAAAAGGAUCCGUGUCCCGACGAGCUACAGCGGCUACAACGAUUGAGCAAAGGAGAUGCUACCGGAUCACCGGAUUCAUAGUUACCCCACGGUGUGUCUGGUAGAACAAAUUUAUUACAACAAAAUGGGCAUCGCUAAUUUUUACGCUACGUGAAAGUUGACGCUACCAGCUUUCAUUCAAGCCCAACAUCGAAAUAUUCCAUCGGGGGAACUUUUUCAUACAAAAAUUGGGUAUGUUUGUUAAGUAGAAAUAGGGAUUAAUUUGGAACCGUGCAUUUUGUAUGGGGAAAAAUAGUAUUCUGAAAAAGUUGUUCGGGAUCCCUCGGUGGAUUUUUUUGAGGGACCCUGCAAAUGAAAGCUGAAAGCCUCUAUUUUUGAAUAGCGAAAAAUUUGACGAUGCCUAUUUUUUUGUUAUAAACGUUUCCCAUACACACGCCGUGACCCCCAACUCCGAGUUGCGUAUCGGAACUGUGGGAUAUGAGAAUAGCAGAGUCCUAUCCCCGCUGCUACAGAGGUGACGGUUUGACAGUACGUAACUCGAGAUCGACUAACCGGCAUCGUGUCCAACUCGAUCCAGUGUUCGGGUACGACCCGAACAUCGACCGCCGGUACGUGCGCGCACUCACCACAAGCCCAGCCUCUUUCAUCGUUCAGUCGCGAAGCAGACAGGUUGUGUGGAGCCCCCGCUUGCGAGCACAGAGGCGGAAAACGCACAAUGGCGGCUCUUGCCAGGAGAUUUUUUUUCUGUUGUGUUCCUUCCAAAUCGCCUUACUCGCAAGCGGGGGCCAUUACAGUGAAAGUGAGUGCAACAUUCGGGGCUAACUGAAUAAAUUGGUGAUUUCGCAGGCGGUGACUUCGAAAGUUUAAAAAGUGAGUUGAUAACGGUGUCGGUAGCCGUCCAGUGCGCCAUCUUUUUAUCGCGUGUGAAGUGAUUCGGCCGACGGAGUACGGCAUCGUGGACGCCACCGUAGCGGAGCAGUGCUUCGUACACAGAUAUUUUGCGGGACCACGCACUGGGAUUUCAGGUUAGUAAAAGAAAAAAGGCUGAAACCAAAUCGGAAAGAACAUCUCUCUCCAAGUGACGUUUCGUUCGAGCUAGCUACCGGGCAUUUAUGGGAUUUUCUCGGAGCCCUAACUUCGUAUACGGGAAAGUACCCAGCGCAACAUAACCUAAAUAGAGUAGGGCCAACUAUUGAAUUUUUUUCAAACGUUUUAAGCAGUGACCGUUUCUCCGGAUUAGUCCUGAGACAGGUGUUAUUUAUGAAGAUUACAAAUUGAUUUUGACAAAGAUUGCUAAUUUAUAGUUCCCAUGUUAAAUCUGACCUUGUUGAGCCGAGGUAGUCUUAAAUUGCUAUACGAACGCCAGUGACGAAAAUUUGUAGGUUAUGUUCACAAUUUAUGCUCAAAACUGCACGCUUUUUUCACAGGCCUUGAUAUCAGGCUCGAUGAUACAGUGUCGUCCAUACAAAUAAACUUUUAUCUCUAUGAGCUUGAUACAUAUUAAACAUAAUUAAGUCCGAUACAUGCAUGCAUCCUAAAAAUUAAGCAAUCGAAAUUCACCAAUAUCGAGAACAUGAUGAGUCCGAAUGUUCGUUUAUGAAGCAGGGUUUAAGUGCUGUGAUGAUUUUUAUCUUUAUAAGUUUGUAAAUUAUAUUAGCACAUGUCUUAUAUAAAUAUAGUGCGUUUUGUGUCGUGUUCUACAUCAAUUUAAAAUAUCUCCAGAACACCAUUUUGUGGGAGAAGGGAAAGGUAGUGCCAGAUGUCAGGCCACUGUCUGAACACUUUUUCAAACCAGCUUGAUCGGGAUAUUUCGGACAAUUUGCUUGUAUUUGUUUUUAGCGGCUUUAUUUCCAAGGAAAGACUUAGUUUACUUAUAGAUAUUCUUCAUGUCUCAGAGUAUCCAUCGUUGAGAUUAUUCAGAUCCAAUCAAGACUAUAAAUAUCACUAAGGAUAAGUACCUCGUUUCUUUAGCUGGGUAGGGACUACGGGCUUAUGCCGCUGUUAUUCUCGUUGGGUCUGGAAGACUCCGCGCGUUAACUACUUAGAUUGAAUAAAUACAAACAUAAUACUAACUCGGGACGAGUAGUGAAUGAACGUUCGAGGGCUAGAGUUUACUGGAUCCGGACGACCAGUGUGGUGAUUAUUCAGAUUGAGUAAUCGUAAAUAUACUACUAAUUCGAGACGAUUAGUUAUUUUUUGGCAGGGACUGCCAAUCAGGAUCGCUAAUUUGCACUGGCUCUGGACGACCAGUUGGAUGUCCAUUCAAAUUGAAUAACGCCACUCUGCCGGGACGGCUAAAAUGAUAAGUUAAUCGGAAUCGAUGUGAUGUUGGUUAUGAUUGGUAGGGACUACUAGUCAACGGGGCCUUGUAUGUUGGAUCUGGUCGACCAGUAGAAGGUUUCCGUAGGUGGCUAAUUCCAAAUCACACUAGAUCGGGACGACUAGUAUUCGUGUAGUAUACUGGAAAGAUCAUCAUAGUUGGUAGGGACUACCAAUGCAAAGUGCUGAGUACUAGUGGUAGUAUCCGGGAUUUUUACGGAUCAGAAUAAUCUAUACGAUGGUUACAUGGGAACGAGUACGAUUCCAGUGUAUGUACAGUGUGCCGUGAAUACGUUACUCAUUACAGUGCGAUUAAGUGCUAACUUAGAGUUGUAUCUAGUAGCGUAUAACUUUUAAAUAAUUAUUAUAAUAUCUAAAGCUAAAGAGUCAAUUUGUUCACAGUUAAGAAAUACUUCAGCGGAAUUAUCUUCAAAGUAACCGAGUGAAUAACUAUCGUUUGAAAAAGCGUUGAGACAGUAUUCCCUAUACAAGCCCUCAAUGUGUGAAUUUGCGCAGUAACCAUCUGCCCUUGUAGGAUAAAAUUUGAGCUUCAUAGGCCUACAUAACGUGGAUGCUCCGCGAGCCUCUUUUAUAUACCUUUAACCUUCCUGAGAGGUUAGACUAAGUAGCUCACAUUGACCCCAACAUCCUAUUAGGGUUAAGAUUGUUUUUUUAGCUUGAAAUUCGAAACUAUCGAGGAAGAUCCGAUAAAGAUUUAAGUUGAGCCAUAUGGAUCUAGACAUCUCAGUUUGUACAGCAGACGAAUAUUUUUCUCACCGUGUAGUAACCUGAAAUAUGAAACUAAUUUGUAGCCGUGGGUCUCAUGCCAAUUCAUUCGGAGUGUUGAAAUUCUUCCAUGAGUUGCCAAAGCACAAGUUAUUACCUUAUUGUACGCACAUAACACUAUACGGGAAUAAUAUGACGCGCAUAUCAAAUCCUUUUCCUGAUUUUCAUACCGCUUUUUGUAGGAGACGUAUGUGCCAAAUGUAUUUUUUGUUGUGAAAAAUGUCGGCUUACUUUGAUGCGUGGGAAAUCGCCGUACAGAAGCGUCACGAUAGGCGAUGUAUUAUUUCAGUAAUAAAAGCAGCUGUUGAAUAAUCCUCAGGCGCAAGUAUAUGCGAAAGAUUAAAGGAUUUUUUACCGCACAAGAGUUUAAUCAACCACUCUUACGGAAGCUCCAUAAACCGUAAUAAAGCUAUCUUUAAAUUGGGAAUUUUGAACAUCAAUAAACAUCUGUAGCUGAACCAAGUCACCCGUGUCACAGAUUCGCGUUUAUGAACUGUUUUCAGAUUAUGGCAGGGCAGUACGUACGUAUGCCUCCCCCCCACGAGAAUCCGGAAGAUGAAGCGGACUCGAUGUCCGAAUGUGAAUCGGACGUUGGCGACGCAGAAAAUUCACGACAGGAUGCUGAACAAUCAUUUCAGUCUAUCGGGCAAGCAGUAUCCUGUACUGGUACGAGCGCCGAGCAGCCAUCAGUUUGGCCAACUGAACAUCGUUUGGCAGUACUCGAAAAGGCUGUAGUUGACAUGGCGCAAAUUUUAGUCGAGAAAGAGAGGGCAAAUAACAAACCGCAGCAUAACGAUCCUGACUGGGGGUGCGGUGGAAGAGGCUCGAUCGGCAAUGGAAGUACGAAUCCCGGAGGCCCUACGAUUAAACUGGAUCAAUUACGCCCCUUUCCAAAAGACGUACCGUCGAACCGACUGUGGGAAGAAUGGAGGAAGUACUUGGAGAAUUUUGAGAUUGCCGCAUCCCUACACCCAAACCAAGAACCCGACAAGCUGGCGAAAAUUCUGUUUCUGGCGGUGGGAGAAGACCUACAGGGUAUCAUCAGGGCAGCAAGACUGCGCCCGAAUCUAGAGGGCCCGGAUUGCUACAGAGUUUUUAUCAAGAACAUCGAUACCCACUUGCGCUCCAUGACAGACACCACGACGGAGCACGAAACCUUCUUGGCAAUGCGUCAGGACGUUGGAGAGUCACCCGCGGCUUUCCACGCACGUCUGGUCGAUCGCGCAAGAUUGUGCGGCUAUGGGCAAGGUGACGAGGAUCGAUUCGUCCGCUCGCAACUAAUCAAAGGCCUACGAGAUAGAGAAAUCGCUAAGUCCGCUCGUCUCUUCAACUAUGAUACGAAUUUCAUAGUCCAAGCGGCUACCCGAAGUGAAGCAUAUGAACCAGUAGCCGGUCCGUCAAAUGCUGAUACGGUUCUGGCGGUCGAUCAUGAAGCCAACUUGCAACGAGAAGGUCGUAAGAGAUCGUUCAACCAAGAAUCGGAACGAAAUAGCGGAAGGCAAGGCGUCAGCUACCGCGGAACAUCAACCAGAAAUAACCGGGGUGGCAGUCAGCGAGGUUUUGGCCAUGGAAAACGAUUCAGAUGUUCACGCUGCGACCGUUGGCGUCACGAGAACCCUCAACAAUGUCCGGCGAUCAGGGCAAAAUGUUUCGAAUGCGGAGCUACAGGUCAUUUCGCAGCGACAUGCCGCAGAAAGGGACGGGUUUCGACGCCAAAGAACGAGGAAGGAAUGUCUGAAGUUCAGGUAUGAUACCAUCAGUCACUUUU